AUGGCGGGCAUUGCCUGUGGAGGGAUGGUGGAGCGGCCAACUCCAGAACAUUUUGAUGUAGAUGGUGGAAUUGACCAGGAUAUAUUUGAUAUCAAUGAAGCUUUGGGACUGGAUCUUUUUGAGGGAGACAUCAGACUUGACGGGGUACAAGAUAGAAAUUCCAUCAUUGGAGAAAACUAUAGAUGGCCUCAGACCAUCCCAUAUGUUCUAGAAGAUAGCUUGGAAAUGAAUGCUAAGGGAGUUAUCCUCAACGCAUUUGAACGCUAUCGCUUAAAAACAUGCAUUGACUUCAAGCCUUGGACCGGAGAAACGAACUAUAUAUCAGUGUUCAAGGGCAGUGGCUGCUGGUCUUCGGUGGGAAACAGGCGCGUUGGGAAGCAAAGUCUCUCCAUUGGGGAAAACUGUGACAAAAUAGCAACGAUUCAACAUGAGUUCCUCCACGCCCUGGGGUUCUGGCACGAGCAGUCGCGCUCUGACCGGGAUGACUAUGUCAGCAUAAUGUGGGACAGAAUCCAAUCAGGCAAAGAGAACAAUUUUAACACCUACGAUGACAAAGUCUCGGACGCUCUGAAUGUCCCCUACGAUUACACGUCAGUCAUGCACUACAGCAAGACCGCCUUCCGAAAUGGGACGGAGCCCACGAUUGUCACGAGGAUCCCGGACUUCAUGGACGUCAUCGGCCAGCGCAUGGACUUCAGCGACUCUGACCUCCUCAAGCUGAACCGGCUGUACAACUGCUCCUCUUCCUUGAGCUUCAUGGACUCGUGCAAUUUCGAGCUGGAAAACGUGUGCGGUAUGAUUCAAGGCUCAGGCGACAGUGCUGACUGGCAGCGGCUUUCCCGGGUGCCCGGGGGGCCAGAGAGCGACCACUCCAACAUGGGCCAGUGCGCAGGCGCCGGCUUCUUCAUGCACUUCGACAGCAGCGCUGUGAGCGCGGGGGCCACGGCCAUGCUGGAGAGCAGGACCCUGUACCCCAAACGGGGCUCUCAGUGCCUGCAGUUCUUUGUGUACAACAGCGGGGGUGCCGGAGACCAGCUGAACAUUUACAUCCGCGAGUAUUCCGCAGGCGCCCCGAAUGGAACUGUGGUCCUGGUGGAGGAAAUAAAAGAUAUACCCACCGGGAGCUGGCAACUUUACCAUGUAACGCUGAAAGUAACCAACAAAUUCCGGGUGGUGUUUGGAGGGGUCAGAGGAGCUGGUGCCUCACUGGGCGGCCUGUCCAUUGACGACAUCAACCUUUCGGAAACACGGUGCCCUCAUCACAUCUGGCGCAUAAGGAAUGUCACACAGCUGAUUGGCAGCCCCGAUGGAAUUCUCUAUAGCCCUCCAUUUUACUCUCCUAAAGGUUAUGCCUUUCAGGUUUCCUUGACUCUAAGCCAUCCGAGUAAUGCAGGGAUAUAUUUCCACUUGAUCUCUGGAGCCAAUGAUGAUCAAUUAGAGUGGCCGUGUCCUUGGCAACAAGCCACGAUGACACUCCUGGACCAAAACCCUGACAUUCGACGGCGUAUGUCCAACCAGCGGAGUGUAACUACAGACCCACUUCUGACCACGGACGACGAUGGCAAAAGCUUUUUCUGGGACAGGCCUUCCAAAGUGGGGGAAGUGGACUUUUUCCCGAACGGAACUCAGUUCAGAAGAGGCCCGGGCUCUGGAACUAGUGCCUUCAUCACCCACGAGCGGCUGAAGAGCAGGGACUUCAUCAAAGGAGGCGAUGUUUACAUCCUACUGACCGUGGAAGACAUAUCCCACCUGAAUACCACCUCCCCGCAGCUGGUCCCCACCGACGGCAUCCCCAUCACCGGCACCACCACCGCCCGCAUCCCUGACCUCUGCGUGAAGUUCACCUGUGAGAAUGACGGCGUCUGCACCGUCCGGGAUGGCAAAGCUGAGUGCAGGUGCCCGUCGGGGGAAGACUGGUGGUACAUGGGGGCGCGGUGUGAAAAGAGGGGCUCCACGCGAGACACCAUCGUCAUCGCGGUGUCUUCCACGGCCGCCGUGUUUGGGGUGAUGCUGGUGGUCACCCUGGUCAGCGUCUACUGCACCCGGAUGCGCUACCGCCAGAAGACGGGCUCCAACAUAGCGGACGUGCCUGUGGAAAAUGAGCACGCGUUUUGAAGAUGAGCUCAACAAGGCGGCCUUUUGGCAAAUGCAGCCAAAGAGGAUUCUUUGUC